AUGUUCUUGAGACAGCUCUUCCUCUUUCUGUUGCUGCAAACGCCUUCAGCUGAAGUAAAGGAAAACAUUGCUGCAUGUGCGAUAAGUGAUCCUUUUCAGGCUCCAUAUGAGUAUGUUCAGAGAGGAGACCUAAUCAUUGGAGGGAUGAUGUCUCAGCUUGCAUGUUUAACUGAUGAAUUACAUUUUAGUGAACCCCCCAAGAUAAAAAUUUUAGAUCAGCUUAUAACAAUAUCCAAGAAAUACCAGAAUGUCCUCUCCUUGGUCUUUGCUGUGAAGGUGAUAAAUGAGAACCCUCAGAUCCUACCAAACAUCAGCCUGGGAUUUCACAUCUAUGACAGCUAUGAAAAUGCAAGGAUAACUCACCAAAACACCCUGAAUCUUCUCUCUGCCACAGAAAAAAUCAUUUCCAACUUCAGGUGUGACAGUCAGAAGAAUCUGAUAGCUGUUAUUGGAGGAUUAAAGCCUGACACCUCUGUUCACAUGGCUACUAUCUUAGGCAUCUAUAAGAUGCCACAGGGAGAGAAAAAUGAAUGUUUAACUCAGAGUAGACCCUCUGAAAUUGAUGGACCAAAGCUAGUUGCGUUAAUGAAUUUCAGUGGUUCUACUUUUCCUUCCUUCUACCGGAUGGUUCCCAAUGAAGUACAUCAGUAUAAAGGAAUUGUGCGUCUCCUUCAAUAUUUCCAGUGGAUAUGGGUGGGGAUUGUUGCCUCAGAUAAUGGCAACGGAGAGAGGUUCAUGCAGACCUUAAUACCAAUGCUCUCCAAGCAUGGAAUCUGUACAGCCUUCAAGGAAAAAACACCAUCCGUAUCUAAUGCACUAGAGAAUUUCAGUUCAUUAGAACUCAUCCGGGCCAAGUCCUCUCUGAUAGUAACACAUGUAAAAGUACUGGUGGCAUGUGCAGAUACUCAGACUAUGACAAGUCUGCUAUGGAUGACAUAUUACUUUUCAUUAUUUGAAGAUGUCACACAAAUAUCUAUGGGCAAAGUGUGGAUUUUAACAGCCGAAUGGGAUUUCUCAUUUGAAACAAGGCUUAGAGGUAUGGAUAUGCAACUGUUUAAUGGUGCCUUGUCUUUUACAAUUCACUCAAAUGAAGUACUGGGCUUUACAAAAUUCCUGCAGAACCUACAUCCUAACUCUGCCAAAGGAGAUGGUUUUAUCAGGAACUUCUGGCAACAGGCUUUCAACUGCUUAUUUUCUGAUUCAAAUGAGCCAAUGGACAAUACUGAUACCUGCACUGGACAAGAGAAACUGGAGAGCCUCCCUGGUGCUCUUUUUGAAAUGAGCAUGACAAGUCACAGUUACAGCAUCUAUAAUGCAGUCCAGACCAUAGCACACAGUUUACAUAGUAUAUACUCAUUCAGGCCAAAACACGGAGUAGAAAGAAAGAGACUUAAUCAUCAAAAUCUGCAGCCCUGGCAGCUUCACCCUUUCCUGAAGAAUAUCUCAUUUAACAACAGUGCAGGGGACUUUGUAUCUUUUGAUGAGAAUGGUGAAUUAGCAGGUGGAUUUGAUAUUAUAAACUGGGUUACUUUUCCAAACCACUCCUUUUUACGAGUGACAGUAGGAAGAAUUAAUCCACAAGCAGUGCAAGGCCAAGAGUUCACCAUGAAUGAAGAGGCAAUCACAUGGCACAACAUAUUUAAUCAGGUGUUGCCACUUGCAGUGUGCAAUGACCACUGCCAUCCAGGCUACAGCAGAAAAAAGAAGGAGGGAAAGCCAUUUUGUUGCUAUGAUUGUGCUUUAUGUCCAGAUGGGAUGAUUUCGAAUCAAAAUGACAUGAAUUAUUGCUUCAAAUGUCAAGCAACUCAAUUCCCAAAUAAGAACAGAGACCAAUGCAUUCCCAAGAUUCUCCAUUUCCUCUCUUUCUCAGAACCCCUGGGGAUCUGUUUAGCAGUCUUGGCUCUCUCUUUUUCUUUGAUCACAGCUCUGGUUCUUGGAGUCUUCACAAAACAUUGGGACACUCCCAUUGUCAAAGCCAACAAUCGGGACCUAACGUGCUCUCUGCUCAUCUGCCUUUUUCUCUGCUUUCUCUGCUCCUUGCUAUUCAUCGCCAAGCCUCACAUAGUGACCUGCUGCUUACAACAAACUACUUUUGGCAUUCUCUUCUCAUUUGCUGUUUCUUGUGUGUUGGCAAAAACCAUCACAGUGGUUCUGGCUUUCAUGGCCACGAAACCAGGAUCCAGGAUGAGGAAAUGGGUGGGAAAAACAUUCACAAACUCUAUUCUGCUUGCCUGUUCCUUUAUACAAACCUGCAUUUGUACUGUAUGGCUCAGUACUGCUCCGCCAUUUCCAGAGUUUGACAUGUACUCAAUGAUGGAAGAAAUUGUAGUAAAAUGCAGUGAAGGUUCAAUUUCAAUGUUUUAUUGUGUCUUUGGUUACUUGGGAUUUCUGGCUAGUGUUAGCUUUGCCGUGGCUUUCCAGGCCAGAAAGUUGCCAGACAGUUUCAAUGAAGCGAAGUUCAUCACUUUCAGCAUGUUGGUGUUUUGCAGUGUUUGGUUGUCCUUUGUUCCCUCUUACCUGAGCACCAAGGGGAAAUACAUGGUGGCUGUGGAGAUCUUCUCCAUCUUGGCCUCCAGUGCUGGGUUAUUGGGAUGCAUCUUUUUCCCAAAAUGCUACAUAAUCAUUAUGAGGCCUGACCUGAACAGCAAAAACCAGAUAAUUUGCAGAAAUCAAUAA